AUGCGCAAAUCACCUAUUUAUCUAUCUAUCUCAGUCUCUUCUCUAUCUAUCUAUCUAUCUAUCUAUCUAUCUAUCUGCACCUGCUUUUUCAUAUGUAUCUAUUUCAGUCUGUUCAUUAUCUAUCUAUCUAUCUAUCUAUCUAUCUAUCUAUCUAUCUAUCUCAUUCUGUUCAUAUCUGUCUAUCACAUUCUGUUACUAUCAGAUCUAUCUAUCUCAUUCUAUUCAUAUCUAUCUAUCUAUCUAUCUAUCUAUCUAUCUAUCUCAUUCUGUUCAUAUCUGUCUAUCACAUUCUGUUACUAUCAGAUCUAUCUAUCUCAUUCUAUUCAUAUCUAUCUAUCUAUCUAUCUAUCUAUCUAUCUAUCUAUCUAUCUAUCUCAUUCUGUUCAUAUCUGUCUAUCACAUUCUGUUACUAUCAGAUCUAUCUAUCUCAUUCUAUUCAUAUCUAUCUAUCUAUCUAUCUAUCUAUCUAUCUAUCUAUCUAUCUAUCUAUCUCAUUCUGUUCAUAUCUAUCUAUCUCAUUCUGUUACUAUCAGAUCUAUCUAUCUCAUUCUAUUCAUAUCUAUCUAUCUAUCUAUCUAUCUAUCUAUCUAUCUAUCUAUCUCAUUCUGUUCAUAUCUAUCUAUCUCAUUCUGUUACUAUCAGAUCUAUCUAUCUACUUCUAUUCAUAUCUAUCUAUCUAUCUAUCUAUCUAUCUAUCUAUCUCAUUCUGUUCAUAUCUAUCUAUCUCAUUCUGUUACUAUCAGAUCUAUCUAUCUCAUUCUAUUCAUAUCUAUCUAUCUAUCUAUCUAUCUAUCUAUCUAUCUAUCUCAUUCUGUUCAUAUCUAUCUAUCUCAUUCUGUUACUAUCAGAUCUAUCUAUCUCAUUCUAUUCAUAUCUAUCUAUCUAUCUAUCUAUCUCAUUCUGUUCAUAUAUAUCUAUCUCAUUCUGUUGCUAUCAGAUCUAUCUAUCUCAUUCUAUUCAUAUCUAUCUAUCUAUCUAUCUAUCUAUCUAUCUAUCUAUCUAUCUAUCUAUCUCAUUCUGUUCAUAUCUAUCUCAUUCUGUUACUAUCAGAUCUAUCUAUCUCAUUCUAUUCAUAUCUAUCUAUCUAUCUAUCUAUCUAUCUAUCUAUCUAUCUAUCUCAUUCUGUUCAUAUCUAUCUAUCUCAUUCUGUUGCUAUCAGAUCUAUCUAUCUCAUUCUAUUCAUAUCUAUCUAUCUAUCUAUCUAUCUAUCUAUCUAUCUCUAUCUAUCUAUCUAUUUUUUCACAGUUUCUUCACACUCUCUGCCUCUCCUUCUCCCCCUGCCUCUCUUUUCUCCCCAGUCUUUUCAGAACGACUUUAACAUUCCCUCUCUACUUCCAUUAUCCUCCUUCUAAUCUCAUUCGCACUUUCUCCUCUCUCUCUCUCCUCUUUCUCUCCUUUUUUCCUCUCUCUCUCUCCCCCCUAUUUUUUACCUCUUCUCUCUUCCUCCUCUUUCUCCUUUCUCCUCUCCUCUCUCUGUUAUCAUCUCCCUCACCACUCUCUACUCUCACUCUCUCUCUCUCCUCUCCGCCCGCUCUCCCUACUCUCUUUAUCCUCUCUCUCCUCUCUCGUUCUCAUUUCUUUCACUAUCUCUAUCUCCUCUCUCUCUCGCUUUCUCUUUCUCGUCUUUCUCCUCGCUCUGUCUUAUUUUCUCCUUUCUCUCCUCUCUCUCCCUCUCAUUAUCCUCUUUCUAAUCUCAUUCGCUCUUACUCUUUUUCUCCUCUCUCUCCUCUUUCUCUCCUCUCUUCUCUCUUUCUCCUCUUUCUUUCUCUCUCUCUCUCUCUUCCCUAUUUUCUACCUAUCCUCUUUUUCUCCCCUGUCUCCUUUCUCCUCUCUUUUUUCCUGUCUCUUUCUCAUCUCUCUCGCCGGACUUUCCUCUCACUCUCCUCUCUUACUCUCCUCUCCCCGCUCCCACUCUCUUUCUCCUGUCUCUCUCCCCUCUCUUUCCCCACUUUCUCUCUCUCUUUCUCCUCUCUCUCUCUCUCUCCCUCUCCCUCUCUCUCUCUCUCUCGAUUGAUUGAAGAUUAA